GACAAACAACUUGGCCUCAGCGUGGGCAAGCCAACCAUGACAACAAUACCCUCCAUAGCCUGCCUGGGCGUAAUAGGCAAAAACAACAAUCCCCUCCACAUCUCCAUCUUCCCAUCGCAGCCCAACAACGCGCCUCUGCGCACCCCUCUCCAGUUCUCGCUUCUCCUCUCCAGCACCCUCGACAUCUUCGAAGCGCGUUCCAAAGCCAACCUCACCUCUGGCGGUGGCCUCUCGGGCGAUUUCGGUCUGCUCCACGCCAUCGACGAGCGGCUCGCGGCGUACGGCUUCGAGACCAAUACCGGGGUGCGGUUCGUCGCCGUGGUGGACAUGCGGGGCCGGAUCGCGGGCGGCGAUGCUGGGAGGGGCCCAGCUGUGGGGUUGAGAGAGGGAGAUAUGAAGCUGGUGUUCAGGGCGAUGCAGACAGCAUAUAUAAGAUUACUUCAAAACCCAUUCUACGACCCGGAUGAGCAUAGUCCACCGACGGGGAGGGGUGGGAAGAAGAUCAGCAGCAGGAGGUUCACGGAGGAUAUGAGGAGGAUUGGGGAGAGCUGGAGACCGGGCGUGGCAGCUGUGUAGAUUCGGAAGCCCCGUUACAUAUUGUUGGAGUUGCAUUGGAAGGCGUUGGGAUUCAGGUGUGGACGAACAGUUCAUCGAUUUUGAACCAGAGAUGGGUUUUAGAGAGUAGCUUUUUGUCGCUCUUCUCUUUGGGUUAACGAGUGCU